ACGAGCUCCACGACCCAACGCACACCGCCCGCCGCCGUCGCCGUCAUCCCGUUCCCGGCCUUUCCCCGCUCCGGUCGCCGUGCCUCGUGCAGCCUGGCCGUGCUGCACUGCUUCUGUUGGCUUGUGCGGUGCGCCGUGCCCACCCCCCCUCCCCCCGCGGCGGCGACGAGCAGAACAGCCGACGAGGCGACAAGGGCCUCCUCCGCUGCGCCCCGGCCCCGUGAUUCUUCCGCCGCCAGCUGUGUGUUGCCUGCUGCUGCCUACUUCCGCCGCGGCGCCCCUCCAAUCGCUGAUCUGGCGUAGGAUCAAUGUCAACUAUUUCUGAUCAGAAGAAACGGACCUUAGAAGCCAUUCAACAACGGUAUGCAGCAGCUAAAGCUAAGAAGCUGAAAGAUGAACAGCCUAAGUGCCCGAAGAACAAAGAUAGUACCCCCAAGCCCAAGUUUGAUGCACGGAUUAAAGGAAAAACUCCCAAAUUCACUCCUUCUCGAACUUCUGCCCUGCUCCCUACAUUUAGAGCUCAAGGAAAUUCCAGUCAUCAACAAAACACUUCUGGUUCCUCAGGUGGAGAAGUCAACCCUAUAUACUCUGAGCUUUCAUUUGUUCUCCAUGAAAAUUUGUCCCAAGAUGACUAUUCGGAUCUCGACAGCACGGACAUAGUUCACAAUGUUGUAUAUGACAUAAUUCAGAAAGGUGGAGAAGCCGGAAGAAUCGCCAAGGGAUCCAAAAAGUUAAAGCUGGAUAGAGGGAUUCUUUUGGAUAACUAUGUUCAAAGGGGUCCUAUAUUAGUGGAUGCACAAUCACAGUCUUUGUUGACCCACUCAAAGCGAUCAAAAAGACACAUGUCACUGAAGCAACAUAAGAAAUGUGGGUCAUUUGAUUUACAUGAUACAUUCCGCAGGUUUGACCUCUAUAAGCCAAUGCAUGAAAUGUGGAAAGAGUAUAUGCGAGAGCUUACAAAAAGCACCCCGAAAAAGCAAUUGUCUGAAAACCUCCUUUCAGCAGAUCUUCAUGGGGCCCUUAUAAUAGUGGCACAAUGCAAAGCAGCCUCAUAUCAAGGUGUAAGUGGCAUCAUGAUUCGGGACACUGCAGAGACUUUUGGAAUUAUAUCAGAGGACAACCGCUUCCGAGUUGUGCCGAAAGCUGGGUCAGUUUUCGUCCUCCAAGCUGAUUGCUGGAAGGUUACACUGAUCGGCGACAAACUGUCGCCAAAGGAGAAGUUGAAGGAAAGCCAGCGUCUGCAGCGUGCGCAAUCACUGAUCAGAUAGAGUUUCGAGCCUGUUAGACUCUGUUUUCUGACAAAUUUUGCCGAGAGGAACUGCUACAGUUUUUCUUGCUUGGUUGUUGUUUCUGUUGAUUAACGUCAGUCUAUCCCUUCAUUGCUUAGCACUUGGCAGUUCUUGUUGCUCCACGUUGUAAGCCUGUCACUCCACUCUCGGCAAAGACGCGAUAAAUUCGAACA